GAGCGUCUUGUGCCUGAUAAUGAAUCUAUCCUUACCACUCUGCUAGAGUGGGGCAGUGAUCUGGAAGAUGUGAAAUUUUACCUUCAUCGCAGAGAAGAAACACCAGCUUUUACCCAAACAUUGAAUGGUAAGAUUUGAGUCUAUUGAUGAAAUCCUAUGGCAGGGUUUGCAAAUACGCCAAAUUUGGCGUAUUUUACGCCAAAAUUGUUCAGAUGACUCCACAGAGGUUACGGAGGGAGUCACUUCGACUCCAGAAAUUUUCGGUAACAAACAGGGAGCCACUUUGACUCCAGAAAUUUUCGGUAACAAACAGGGAGCCACUUUGACUCCAGAAAUUUUCGGUAACAAACACAGUUUUGUCCUGACCUUUUUUCGCAACAAAUACAAAUUUCGUUAAUUGUAAACGUUGUAAACCUUAAUUAAAUCAUCAAAAUUAAAGAAUUAUACUGCACGACAAAACAGGGUAAAUUAUGAUCAAAGUUUACUCGAUGACCGCCAUCAUGGAUUUAAGCUUUCCAGGUCAGCGGACCGCCAAAGCUACUUCGUGUAUCCCUCAUGAUAGUGUAUACAUGCCAGGACCACGUGCUGGAAAGUCUGAAAAUGGCUUUUUUCGUUGUGAUACUUGACUCCAAAUAUUCCAAAAUGACUCCAAAAUUUGUGAAGCAGAAGUCACAGUGACUCCACUUAUCAAUAAAAUUUGCAAACCCUGCUAUGGUGUGACCAUUCAAAUGAAAGCUACUGAGCAGUACUUUCCUGUGGUGCUGUUUAUUAUGCUGUACAUGGUGGUCGAACUUUUGAGUCUGUGGAUGAAAUCCUAUGGUGUGACCAUUCAAAUGAAAGCUACUGAGGAAUACUUUCCUGUGGUGCUGUUUAUUAUGCUGUACAAGGUAGUUCUAACUUUUGAGUCCGUGGAUGAAAUCCUAUGGUAUGACCAUUCAAAUGAAAGCUGCUGAGUGGUACCUUCCUGUGGUACUGUUUAUUAUGCUGUACAAGGUGGUUCUAACUUUUGAGUCUAUUGAUGAAAUCCUGUGGUGUGACCAUUCAUGUGAACUGUCUUUGUAAGUACAGUCACAUAGUCCUAUUUGCUUUUCAGCAUUUUACCAAACAAAAUUUGGAAAUUUUGUCGAAAUUUGACUUGGGCUAAUUUUACUCUCUGUUUUGACUCCCCUUUCGCCAGUGAGUGACAGGCUGAUCUCCAAACUUGAGGCCCUGUGACUAUUCUCUGUCUCAUCCCCCACCAUCCCUGAUGAAUUUAACUUCUGGCAGGAUAGCUCAUUAUUUGCCAAGUUUCCUAGUCGCAUUCAUAUAAAGCUCAUUAAAGGACUAGAACUUGAACUCGUUUUGAAAGUCAGGGUCUUUUGGAACUAAGAAAUGGCCUAUUGAACCUUCUUUGGGCUUCUGUUUCCCUCCUUUCCACCAGCAUAGCCAUAGCUCCUCAAGGAAUAAUAAGACCAUACCAAGUUUGGGUUAAAAAUUCACCUUAAUUUGUAAAUUUUACUUUUUCUUUAACACAGGACCUGCAUUAAGCCACAAAGUUAAUGGUUUCAAAAAGGAAGUGCCAGUUUCCAGAGAUGUAGUAAGAGCAUUUCAGUUCACUUAAUCAAAAUAUUAAGUAUGAUACUGUUUGAUACUGUCUAUUAUACAGGGCUGUGCUCUAGCAAGAAUAUGGUGCCCCCCAAACACCCCCGCCCUUCCAAUCACUUACAAUUGACCACUCCAGAAAAUACCAUAACAUACCAUAAUGCUCUUUGUUUGUCACCCCCUUAGCUCAGUCUCCACAUUAAUAGGCUUUGACUCUACUGCAGAGAUUUUCGUUUGGGAAGGAGGGCUACCAUGUUCUUCAUUAUUUUCCUAAAACAAUUGCUGAGAGGAAAAAGCCCAGCUGUAUAGCAGAAUGACUUUCCCUACAACCUUCGUUUAUUUUAAUGAACACUUUUUCCUUUUUUUCUUCAGCUUUUAGGUGGCAGUAGAAUCUCUGUUGAUGAACUGAAAGAAUUUGCUGCAAGGCAGCAACAAGAGAUCAUAACCAAAGAGAGAGAACUUAAGACAAAGCAAAUACAACUUAUGGAAAUGAAGCGAAAGUCACAAAAAAGACCUCAGAACCCCUACCUCCAGCAGUUAACGGCCAAAGCAGAUGAACAAGGCGAGAAACUCACAGCAUUACGGAAAGUACAAGAUCAGGUCGAUUCUUACAAACUCAGCAAUAGUGCUUUGGGUAUGUCGGAAAUGAUUCCUUACGCUGACGUGCUUGUAUUUUCUGAUUUACUGUACCAACAGGGUAGGAAAAAGCCUGAAUCCCAGCUUGUCUUUUGGACAAGCAGCUCUCACAUUUUUGCUUGCCCAUGGUCAUUACUCUCUUGCCUCAGCUAAUAGAGAGCUUUAGAUUUGAGGACGAGAACAAACACGAGUAGGAGAUUAAACUCAAAGUUUUUGCGCGUGUUCUGAAAAAAAAAAAACACCCCGCAAAGCUUCAUUUUACCUUUUUUCACCACAAAAAGUUAGUACGGUAGUUUAUUCUUAAGAGGGUUAACCCCUCUCGCGAUAAAUUAUAAAACUUCAUACAUUUGAUAACUUGUUCCCGCCACUAUACGACAUUCUCGCAACAUUCUCGCUAAUAUAAAGCUCGUCAGCUGCUCGUAGUAGAUUGACGACGGCUGUCAAGUUUUCCCGCCAAAUGACGCUGGUUCACGCGUGAGCAAUACUCAGUAUUGAGAAAAUCUCGUACUCGUAGUCGUCCUCGUCUCAGAAUCUAAAGCUCUCUAAUGAUUUAGUUAACAGAUGACUGUUAUGAACACUUGCCCAUUGGACAAGUAACGUGAAAAAAUUACUUCUCCAAAAAGAAAAUCCACUGUCCCCGACGACCGGCUAGGACUGUACUAUCCAAGGGUGUUGUCCUUGGAGACAUGAAAAUUAGUUUUAGCUUAUGAGCAUCUGUUGGUGAUAACAUUCAAAUGAAGCCUCUCUUGCCGUGGUUUCAUGAGACGCGAUUUUCUGUUUUUAUAAGGGAACAGUUCCUCGUAAUGCGACAAGUGAAGAUUUAAACCCACGUUUUUGUUUACCUUCAUAAAGAUUAUUUAAGACUUGCAUUUAAGACAAGCGAUAUUUUGUCAAGGUUCGACUUUGGGCGAUAACCCUUAGUUACAUAGUCCUUGAAUAUACUUCGAGAUGAGAACAUUUUGCUUAAUCAAACGUCCGUUUUUGUUGGCCAGUUCUUAGCCUCUUGAACAGUGAAAGGUGCAAUUCGUUAAGUGUCUUCAGACUAAAUCAAGACAAUCACUAUGGCUAAUCAAGAUAUUAGCAAACUAUAGCCAAUCAGAGCUCGCCGCAUUUAUGUGUAGACGCCUCAAAGCCAGGGAAACACACCCAAGAGGAGUGUGGUUUCGAUUGGGGGAAAAACCAAAUGUUGCGAGAUUUAUCAACCAAUCAGAAAGAGUAAUGAUGUAAAACCAUAGCAACUUUUGUCACCCUUUUAAUUUAAAACUCUAACCGUGAUGUUUUGUUUUGUUUUUUUCGUUUUUUCUUGCUUUAGCUGAGGAACUGGAAUGUGUACGUUCCCUUUUCAUGGAAAAAGAAAAAGAACUGGCCAUUGCCGUCGCCAAGGUAGAAAGUCUUACACAACAGCUUGAUAAGCAAAGACAAGGAUGGUCUCAAACUUCACCCAGCCGAGAAAAAACGCAUCAACAGUUGGAGUUGGAAAGACUCAGGAAAGAACUUAUGGUGAGAAGGCGUGACAGUUGAACUUCUUGAGACAACAGUAACGCAAGUAUUAUAGGCUUGAGGGAGAAGGCGUGACACUUGAACUCUUAAGACAACAGUAACGCGAGUAUUAUAGGCUUGAGGGAGAAGGCGUGACACUUUAACUCUUAUGACAACAGUAACGCAAGUAUUAUAGGCUUGAGGAGGUAGCUAUAUUUACUAAAUUACGUUCUCGCCUCCGUUGGACAUAGCAGCGUGCGAAAAAGCGUCCACAUAGGCCUCGUCCACACGAAUCUGGGUAUUUUUUUAAACCCGAUAUUUUUUACACGAAUCAGCCUUCUGUCUACACGAACCCAGUGGAUAAGCUCACCGAAACCGCAUAUUUUUUAAAAUCGCUCUCCAGGGUGGUUACAGGCCCUUUUCUCGCUGUCCGCUUCGCGGCUCGCUCUCUCUUUCCCGACGAAAAAUUUCAAGGAAAACCUCUGGGACCAGUGUAGAUCCACACGGAUCCGGGUAAAAAAAAUAUGCGGUUUCAAACAUCCCCGGGUUAGUGUGGACGAGGCUUUAGUUUCUGUUUUAUCCAUGUGAACGCACCAAUGACAGUCAGAGUCUUCAUAGUCAAUAGCGUCACGGCUUAACUAACAGACAACCAAUCAGGUCAAUAACCAGAGUUUAAUACUAUCAACUGAAGAGAUACAACUCACUUUGACUUAGAAGAUGACUACCACACAGGUUGUCGAAACGUCAGUCACGGUCAACAACAACAUUCAUAUUUAGGACUACGAUCACCGGGACGAUCAAGGUCUACCAACUUAUUGCACAAACGUCUGUUAGUCAUUUUUACUGUCGCUUUAUUUUAUCUUAAUCGGAUAAUUCUUGCUCUGUUUUUGUAGACCCGGAAUGAGUUGAAUCACCAACAAAGCGUUCAGAUCCAGGCACAAAAACAACUUCUGGCGGAAAAACACAAGGAACUGUUCGAGCUCGAUGCUCAAAUUGACCAGCACACGGAAGAGUUGAGGCAGAAAAGGUCGCGAAACAAUUUCAUUAACCAUAACCAUAACCAUGACAAAAGCUCCUCCUUACCAUCCCCUCCAGGGGAGUUGGACUUCGUGGAAAUGGAUUAUAGUCACCUUCCUAACUUUACGAAAAGGACGAACAAAAGUGACGCUGUGGAUUCCAGCUCAAGUGCCCCAGUCACGUCUAGUUCCUUUCGGCCCCGUUCUCGAACCUCCAGCAAGCUAGAAACGUUACUUGAAGUUGAAGAGGAAAUCUCAGAUGGUCACGCAAGUAGCAGGUCUUCGACUGAGGAUCUUACUGAGGGGCCUGGGCCGCCAAGGAUGUCACGCGUGACCGCGCUCAAGUCACGCUUCGAGACGAACGCCGUUGAAAACCGUGGAGAGCAUCGUAGGGCAGCCGAUAGGCUAUUAAAUGGAAAGACUAAUUUUACGAAAGACACUUUUACACCUGGGAAGAUUUUAAAUAAUUCCCCCCGGCGCGUAGACCCGGAAGGAGUCGAGACACCCGAAUCACCUUCCCCUGAAAGACCUGGAUACGAUAACUAUGUAAAGGAGUUCUUGAGUAAUUCGCGCUUUGAAACGAAGCCAUAUGACAAAGAUUCAAAGACCAAACGCGAUAAUCGCCAACAGAGCUCGACUGUAGCUACGCAUUCAUUAGAUAUGAAACACAUUUCAAGUGAACCCGAUUUUCAAUCUGAAACGCCAUCGCUGAAUUCAGGGCGGACCACGCCCAGUGACGAGGGAGACAACUCCGGGCUAAGCUCACCGUCAUCGCUCUCCUCCUUCUCGUCCGCCUCUUCCAAUUCCGCUUCUCCUAAGGCCGCCAUGUUUGCACUUACCGGCGUUGUAAAGAAAGCCGAGAAAUCUACAGACGCUCACGGGCUAGUGAAAUACGAAAACGCGAACUUGGAUGGCCGUGCGUCGCCUUUAGAAGAUUGUCAAGAACCUCACAAAGCUAAAAAUCUGGAACCGUUACAAGUCGGGCCCACAGAGGGUAGUCGCGAAGGUUUAGAUGCGAGAGGGGCUUUAGGCAGCGAGUUAUUUCCUCUUCAUCAAAUUAAGACAGAAGGGUUACCCACCAGAAACGAAAAUGUGGAUUCUAUUGUACGGCCAACGGUGCUGGAUUUCUCAAGAGCUCGGACCAAAUUUAAACAUGAUGGCAAAACAGGUAAAUCACGUGAUGUAACCAGAAGUAACCAUGGUGAUAAUAGUGAUGAUGGUUGUCAAAGUAAUAAUGUGAAAGAACCUACCUGGAAACACGUAACACCAAUAAAUGAUACGGUUAAGACUGGCAAGAUACAGUUAUCUAGACUUCGGUAUCAGAAUGUUUCUGCAGAUCAAUUAAACCAGGACAUUAUUGGGGUAUCACCAACCACGUUGAAAAGAGACGAUGAAGAUCAAGCUGCGAAAGAGCACAGGAAAACUCAGUCUUUAUUGAACGGUGAUAGAAAGGAAACUUACACAAAUACCAACGCAUCGAGAUUGUCACAAGAUGCUUCUGGCACAAUUGGUUCUCUUCAGAAGAACGAACUUAGCGCAUCUACUUCAAAGUUACCGCAACCUGUUAGCGUGCCAAGCUUUAUUCAGAAAAAAGAAGUGGUGACUUUGUCUGGUCCUGGUUCAUCAAAUGUAACAGUACCAUUGAGACAUACAAAGAAAGCCGCUGUGUUUUCAACAGAGAACAAGAUGCGAAAACCUGAUCCCCCAUCGAGGCUGCCAGCAAAAUGCGUUGCUGAGACAGGUGAAGAAGUGAUAUUCUCAUCUAUUGAGGGUUCCGAAAAUAUGAUAGCGACGUCUGGGGAGUCAAAACGUAAGGCUCAGUUUUCCUCCAAGAAUAACCUGCUGAAAGAUGAACAAAACACUUCUUCGCCGAGAUUGCAGCGUAAUUCUGUUAGCACAAAUAGUCCUACCCAAACAGGAGACGUUUUAUCUUCUUCUAGUUUGCCUUCAGUGGAUUUGACCACACCUAUUGAAGAGUCAAGGGAAAAGAUAGAGGUUACAAUGCAGGACAACAUAGAAAAAACUGAAAUGAACCCGUCUGAAUCGAAAGUGCUAUUUUGUUCUCCUAGUAUGGACGGUUGUAUUCCAAACGGAGAGGAAGUAGUGUCCUCUGCAAGUUCCACACCGUCAAAUGUAGACAAAUUAUUUCACAGGCUCGGAGACGAAAAAGACGAGACCGAUAACGCAAAGGUACCUGAUAAAGAUACUCAUGUUAAACCUAGUUUUGGUCAAUCACAGCUUGUUCCUUUGACUUUAAAACCGAUAUCCUAUCGAGCAAAGAAACUAGCUGCCGAGCAGCAAGGUGAUGUCACUUCGGCUAAUCAAUCCCACCUCGUUCCGGUCAUGUCCAACUCGGUGUCCGUUCGUGGCCAAUCGUCUCUCACAAGGAUAACAGUUACCCCAUCUGCCUCGUUUUUCUCUUCGAAAGCCACGGAUGUUCCCGAGAUGCGUUCGCCAGUUCCGACGAGCAAACGACCAGCCUUUAUGAACCGAGACACUGGUCCUAGUUAUCCCGAAGUUAAAGAGUUGCCGAUGAGCAACGGUCCCGAUAAGGAGAUCGAUCAGGUCAAUAAUGGUGAAAAAGAAAUUGCGUCUUCAAACGGCUGGAUAGACAAUGACAAAACAGAUCUAACUCAGCAUGGGCAAAAACCAAGAAAUCUUGCAGGGUCUAACGAUGUGAAACAAGUUGUUUCAUCUUUUAACAUACGGCUGUCAAGCCGAAGUCUUAGAGCUGCGGAGACAAAAGAGGACGCAACACGUUCUCAGGAAAGCAGCGAAUCCAUCGCUAAAUCAUCCGGACUGUUAGUUACAGCAUCGAAAGUUGUCGGUCCCAGAAAAAUUAACUCCAGUAGCGGUUGGCUUGGUUCCGAAAAUGACCGAGUAAGUUUCGAAAAUGGGGGGCCAUUAUCUGGAAAUGGUGGGUUAAAUUCCGAAAGCGAUCGACCGCGCUUGGUAACGGACAAUCUGAAUUCGGGAAGUGGCAAAUCGUUAAAAAUCGAAGCUUAUUCCAGGACUGUGUUAAAUAAAAACACCGAUAAGGUGAAGGCUGGGCAAGUUAGGUUGGUGCAAAAUCAAGCUGCAGAUGAAAACAAAGCCUCGACUGUUAAGAAGGAAAAGACUGCAUUAAAGAGUUCGUUCAUAUUGGGUGAAAAAAGCAGUGGUGUUGAACCCUUGGAAGGAAUUCUUGUGGACAAUGACUCGGAAAUAAGGGGGAAAACAGAAGAGGCUUUAACAAAAAAAUAUUCGCCAGGAAAGGCAGCAGACGAUGCAGAAGCCAAUAGUUCGGGUGGGAGAGAUGCAGUUGCGUAUUUGAGGCAGGCAAUCAAAUCUGUGUCAGACCAGCUCCCUAGUGAUAGUAUGUUAAAACCUGCAGUUUUAAACAAAGAUACCAGUUUAGCACCUAUCAGUCAGUCAAGUUAUCCCACCAUAUCAGACCAGCCACCAGACAUAAACCCGUUGGUAUCAAAGACAACUGAAGACACUUCACCGAGGUACGAAGUAUUCUCCAAGGAAAGCGAAUCCGUAAAAGAAUUCCCUGAGGAAAGUCAAGGGAGUUUGCAAAAGGCGGAUAGAAAAAAGAAGGCGCGGCACGUCAGCCUCGAUCCACAUGCAGUGCUUUUAGACGCGGCGGUUGAGGGGGAGCUGGAACUAGUCAAGCAAAUUGUUGAAGAGGUGAGGAAUUUACUUUGUGCCAAAAUUGGUUGUGAAGUAACUGAGGAAACUAAAAAGCACAUUUCUAUUUUUUCAGGUUGACGAAACCAUGCUAACUCGCUUCCCACUAACAGAAUAUUGUUAGGACUUAAUGAGUAGACGCUAGCCUUAUCAUUGGGUAGAUGCUCUUUUGUUAGUAAUUCCCUCCUUCCCUUAGACUAGACAUCCCAGUGGGGGCUUCCUCUUCGACGCACCCCUUCAUUUUCUCCGGUGGAGUGCUCCGGCACAUCCUCCCGGUAAGCUCCCUGACGGCCCUUCUGGACUAUGCCAGGAAUUUGUUGCUUAUUUCUCUCCAUAUUCUUUGCCCGACGAUUCUAGAACGCUUUAACAUUCGUUGGUAAUUUCUCCCCGCCACUGUUACCCUGCAAGCGAGCCCUCCAUUUGAAGUGGUAAGCAAAACAAGCCGCAAACGAACGCGCCCCUCGCCCUCGCAUCUCCUAUCGUGUGCCGCCCGCACUUGACUUCUCGCGUUAUUUUCCAAAUGGAGAGCUUGCUCGCGGGGUACGCCACUGUCUCCACCACUUUUUACUUAGCUUUUCCUUAAGUUCUGUUUAUUUACAAAGGUGGAUGACCCCAGUAAGCCCAACAGCGAUGGAAUCACGGCUCUUCACAAUGCUGUCUGCGCAGGUCACGACGAAGUGGUGAAAUUUCUCGUACAAUACGGUUGUGAUAUCAACUCUCAGGAUUCACAUGGGUGGUAUGUAGCUUUCAUUUGAAAGGUCACACUGCAAGAUUUUUUCCACAGACCCAAAAGUUAGAACCACCUUGUACAGCACAAUAAACAGUACCACAGGAAAGUACUGCUCAGUAACUUUCACUUGAAUGGUCACACCAUAGGAUUUCAUCCACAGACUCAAAAGUUAGAACCACCUUGUACAGCAUAAUAAACAGUACCACAGGAAAGUACUGCUCAGUAACUUUCACUUGAAUGGUCACACCAUAGGAUUUCAUCCACAGACUCAAAAGUUAGAACCACCUUGUACAGCACAAUAAACAGUACGACAGGAAAGUAACGCUCAGUAACUUUCAUUGAAAGAUUUUAUCCACAGACUCAAGAGUCAGCAUAACAAACAGUACCACAGGUUGAUACAGUAGCCUUGUUUUGGUCAUGAUAUUAUCUUUCUUUUAAAUUUCAGCCAGAGAGCCAAAUUGCACAGUACUGCACAGUAGCUUUCAUGUGAAUGGUAAUGCCACAGGAUUUCAUUCACGGACCAAAAACGUUAGAACAACAUGGCUGGCAUAAUUGACUCUAGAAGUGAAUUAGCUUGAGUAUCGGGCUUUUGGGGGGGAGGGGCAAAGAAGGGAGCAAAAAGGAGAGAGAGAGCAACCCUUCCCUCCCCCUACCCUCUAAAAUCUACUCUUCCCUAUCCCCUAAGGUGGGCCUAAUACUCAGGCUAAGAGUGAAUGGGUCAACAAAUAUUUAGGUUUGGGGGAAAAUACCCACCUACCCCUCCCCUAAGCCAACAUUUUGCCCUAAGUGAGAAGUAAGUGUUAAUGUUAGCUUGGGGGAGGGGUAGGUAGGCAGUUUUCCAGAAACCUAAAUUGAUCCCCCUUUUUUACCCGCAGGACCGCUCUGCACUGCGCAGCCGCCAAUAAUGCGACAGACAUUGUGCGCUUCCUUGUUGAACAUGGAGCCUGUAUUCUAGCCGUCACCUCGUUGGAAAAGAAAACUCCGCUUCAGUGUUGUGAGCGCGGACAGCCGGGUUACUUAAAGUGCAUGUCAUACUUGAACGGUAAGCAUGAUAGAGCAUUGUGUUCAGUUAUGUUGAUGUGGGUUUUCAACGUUUAACUGGGACCAGUCAGGGAAAACCCAGUGGCGGAUCCAGGGUAGGGGCCCAGGGGGCCUGGUACCCCCCCCCCGGCUUAUUUUUAGACCAAACUGAGGCCUGAAGAGCCUUCCCGAAACAAUGGGAGGAUUAUUGCAUUUUGACUUUAACGUGAGCUGGGAGGCACCCUGGGUACCAGAGGUUUUUUCUCGCGUGCGACAAGGAGCUUCGUGAGCCGCGGGCCGACCCGUCUUGGGCCGAAGGCCGAAGACACGAGUGGCGAAGCCGCGAGAAAAAGACUUAACUGAAACCGGAAACCGCGCAGCCUCUGGCACCCAGGGUAGCUGAGAGGGAGAGUGGUGGAACAAAGUGGUGGGUUAUGCCUCGUGAGUUAUCAAAGUGGGUCAUUUACAAGUAAGUUACUGAAUCUUGAAAUUUAAAGAUUUCACAUGCCAAAAUGAAAUUUCAAUACUUGACAUGCCAAAUUUUGCAGUUUCAAGAUUUAAUCGGCAAAAUAUUGAAAUUUCAAGAUAUGAGAUGCAGAAUAUUGAACUUUGAAGAUUUCAAUCACAAACAUACCUUAUUUGUUGAACCACCGACUUAUGUAAGGUCAUCCAAUUCUAUUUUCUCGCUCAUUCCAGAGCGGGGAUGAAGUGACGGAUCUUAUCGAUUAAGAACGCCCUUAUUUGAGGCUACAAUGUUUGAUGUACUUUCCAAAUCAUUCUUUCUGUCUUAUCCAGAUCUGCAAGAAAACUUUGGUAUCAAUAACAACGGUCGCGUUCGUGCGCUGUAUUCGUACUCAGCUGACGAGCAAGAUGAAUUGAGCUUUGAGUGCAGUGAAGAGCUAACGGUACUGAAACGAGGAGACGCGACCGAGAGGGAAUGGUGGUGGGCCGAGAACAUGAAGGGUGAGACUGGAUACAUACCAAGAAAUCUGCUUGGGGUACGUAAUAUUAAUUUAAACGCAUUAAUAAGGAGCUUAAGCAAC